AUGACGACCGAUAGCAGCGUUACGCCGCCGAAUGAACGAGAAAAGCCUACAGCUGUUGAUAUUGAGAAUGUUUCUUCUGAGAAGGUUUCACCUACUGCUGCUCUCGAUGCUGAGCGCAAUGCGCUUCUAGCAACACUGCCUGACCCUGAUGAAGGGAAGAGCGAAGAGGAACGUCGCGAAAUUGAUAAGAAGUUAAUGUGGAAAGUUGACCUCUGGCUUAUCCCAUGGCUGUCUCUCCUUUACCUGCUUUCCUUUUUGGACCGAACCAACAUUGGCAAUGCGCGUCUUGCAGGCAUGGAAGACGAUUUGGGCAUGGGACCUGGUGAUUACAACGUGGCCCUCACCGUCUUCUUUGUCAGUUACGCCUUCUUUGAGCCCAUCACAAAUGGUCUUCUCAAGAUGUUGACACCGCGCAUCUUCUUCACCGGAAUCAUCAUCGCCUGGGGAGCCGUGAUGACAUUAAUGGGAGUCUGUCAUAAUUACAAAGGCCUUCUUGCAGCACGCUUCUUCCUCGGUAUUGCUGAGGCCGGUCUGUAUCCCGGAGUGAACUACUAUCUUGGAUGCUGGUACAAGUCUUCCGAGAUCGGCGCCCGAGCCGCUAUCUUCUUCUCUGCAGCUGCUCUGGCAGGUUCAUUCGGUGGUCUCCUCGCCGCUGCCAUUGCCAAGAUGCACGGUAUUGGCGGUCGACCUGGCUGGGCCUGGAUUUUCAUUCUUGAAGGUCUCGCAACCGUUGCUGUGGGCGCCUUUUGUUGGUGGAUGGUCUUUGAUUGGCCCGAUACUGCUCGCUUCCUUACUCCGGAGGAGCGCGUUCGUGUUCAGCGCCGCCUCAUCAUGGAUCGUCAGGGGAGAACCGCCGAGGACUUUGACAAGCGCCACAUUUGGGCUGCGCUCAAGGAUUGGAAGACUUACGGGUACAUGAUCAUCUACAUGGGUUGUCUGAUGCCCUUGUAUGCUUUCUCUCUCUUCUUGCCCACCAUUCUGCGUGGCAUGGGCCACGUGGGCACCAAGGCACAACUGCUUUCCGUUCCGCCAUACGCCUGUGCUGCUGCAGCCACUGUUGUCGUUGGCUUUGUGGGAGAUCGUACUAAGUGGAGAGGUUACUGUAACAUUGCUACUGUCGCCGUGGGAAUUGUCGGUUUCGCCAUGCUUUUGGCUUCGGCCGAUCCCCAUGUUCAGUAUGGUGCCGUCUUCCUCGGUGCGAUGGGUAUCUAUCCAACUGUCUCUAAUACAGUGUCUUGGGUCAACAACAACAUUGAAGGCUCACUCAAGCGUGCUAUUGUUUUGGGAAUGGUCGUUGGUUGGGGUAACAUGAAUGGUGUUGUCUCAUCCAACAUUUACCGUGAAACCCAGAAGCCUCGCUACUUCACUGGCCACGGUAUGGUACUCGCCUAUCAGGUCAUCUUCCUUCUCGGCGGUUCCGUGUUCAUGCACUUCGCACUACGUCUGGAGAACCGACGUCGUGCUAGAGGGUCUUUGGAUGCCAAGUAUGCUGCUAUGACAGAGGAGCAGAGAUGGAUCAGCGGUGAUGUGCGUCCAGACUUUAGGUACACAUUGUAA